AUGGACGCCGCAAAGCUAUCGUCAGCGCUUUAUCAGCGAGCCGUCAACAAAUGCCGACGUCAACACAAGUUCUUCUUCCUCUCCCUACCACUACCCAUCCGAAAGCUCGUCUACACUGCGCUCUGGCUCGGCAAUACAGUGCAAGUCGCGACUUGGCUGAAGUCGCACGGCGAAGACUUCGCCGACCGCGAGACAUGUCAGCUGCUACUUACCUGUCGACAAAUCAACAAGGAAGCGAAGCCGUUCUACUACUAUUUCAGUCGCUGGAAGUUCGUCAGCAUCUCAACUCUCAAUCACUUCACAUGGCCCACCGCGCGCUGGCCGCCGUGGUCGCACAUCACCAAAGUCUCUCUCACCAAGGUCAACAUACUCGAGGAGUUUUCGAAACAUCUCAGCAAGUUCAGGAACCUACAGCUGCUCACACUCGACAUGCCGGACGAGUUCAGAGUCAGGACACCACGACGAGCCCGCGACGAGGGCGAAUGCCGAGCCUUCGUACGCUCGCUGUUGACACGUCGAUUCUACCGCAAUAACUUCCACGAACAUCUUUACAUUCAGCGCAAUUGGGAUGUGCACCUUGUGAUUCAUGUCACCUAUGAUACCAUUGAUCUCGAGACAAUUCAUCCCAAAAAUUCAGAGGUUGUACUCGUUGAUAUUGACAAUCACAAUGUGGUUUACAACUGGUACAGAAUGCCGCCCCCAGAGAAGCAGUACGUGGCUGUGAUGCCGUCUUCAGGCGACAGCGAUGUCGAUUGCACAAUCAUUUCCGAUGACGAGGCAUAA